AUGGCGUCCUUGACCCCUGGCGUGCUCUCGAAGCUUCUAGAAAACGCGGGAAACAAGGUAACCGGCGAGCACCGUCACGCGCUGCUUCAGGUGACGGAGAUCGUGCCGCGUUUGUCGGAGGAGCCGUGGCAGAGCAGGGGCUACUUCCUUAAACUCUCCGAUUCCUUGCACUCUGCUUACGUGUCAGUCUCCGACGAGGACACCGAGUUGAUCUGUGUCGACAAGCUCCAACUCGGUCAGUUCGUUUACGUGACUCGCCUCGACUCAGCUUCACCUGUUCCUGUGGUUCGCGGUUUGAACCCUCUACCCAAGAGAAGACCCUGCAUUGGGAACCCCAUUGACUUGGUUUCCGGUGACUCAUUGCACGUUGCUACAACAACUUCAAACGUUCAUUUCACAAGACCCAAGAAGGGAAAUAACAAGAGUAACACUAAAACUAGCACUAGCACUAGCAGUAACAAUGGUAGUAGUAGUAGUGGUUUGAAGAAGAGGGAUGAUUUGAAGAGAGGCUCACCACCUUCUAAGGGGAACCGUGUUGUGGAGGAGGGUUUGGAAAUGAGGAGGUUGAGUUUAGAUUCUGCUAGAAGGGUUUGGGAUCAUGGUACUCCCGUUGCUGCUAAACGUGGUUCUUCUUCUGUGAGUUCUGGUUUAAGAUCCAAGUUGAAAUCUACCUCUACUUCACCUAAAGUGAUAGAGAAGAAGAUUUCUCUUAAAACUGAUUCUCCACUUAAAUCUCCAACUUCAAGUGUCUCACCAUUGAAGAAUAAAAACGAGAACUUGUGUCCAAAAUUGACAAGCACACCUCCGAGGAAAAGUACAGUUAAGUCCCCAUGUGCUGGCACUGUUCCUAGCCAACUUGUUAAGGUGCCCCUCAAUUUCAAGACUUGGUAUGAUACGUUUGCUUCUUGGAAAGAUCUCCCACCUCCCAUGUGUAAUCUUGGAAAGCAAGUUGUAACACACAGAAAUGUUGCAUUUUUGGCGGCUGUGCGGUCUCUUGAAGAAGCAUCUGCUACAGAUACUGUGAUCCAAAGCAUGUGCAUGUUUGCCGAACUUUGCCAGUCUUGUCAGACACUUUCUGCUGGAUUACUGGUGAAGCAGUUUCUGGAGCUUCAUCUGAGUUUGCAGAGAGCAACAAUAGUGUUUGAUUCCUUACUUGCCCCACCUGGAACAAAGCCAAGCAGCCACUCUACCCUACAGUGUCUGGUAGAAGAUUCAUGUACAGUUCCCACUCGCAAGAAUGCUAUGUCUUGGGUACAAGCUGCCAUCGAUACCAAUCUUUCCAAGUUCAAUCUUUUCAGAACACAAGCUAAAAGUGAGGUUGUAGAUGGUGAGAAAUGUCAUUUUGUUGUCAUUAACAAUGAGGAAAUGAAUACUGAGGAUUUCUCUGCUCAAAACAAGCAAAAUUGCGUUAUUCAAGCAGCUCUUUUGCCAAAUUCAGCUGCUAAAAAAAGGCUUCCUUCUUCAAAGCGGAAUCUCUUAGUAACCAAGAACAAGGAUACUGACAAGCAGGAUCAAUCUAAAGAAAGUGAAUUAAGAGUGGCAGCGAGUUUGGCAGAAAAACUGCGCGUGGCUUCUCGCGAAUGGUUCCUGAGGUACUUGGAGGAAUCUCUAAGUAAUGAAUUUGGGUUGAAAAGUGAAGAAGGGAACACUGAAAUUGCAUGUCUUCUUGGACAGCUCAAAAAGGUGAAUCACUGGUUAGAUAAUUUGGUUGUUGGAGAUAAGGUUGAUCAUAGGGUAGAGAGCCUAAGGAAAAGUUUGUUUCGGUUUCUACUUGAUCAUGUUAAUUCUGCCGUUGCUUCUCGUCAGUAA